AUGUUAGUUAAAGAUCGUUAUUUCAAAUUUAAUAUAUUUUUAGAGCAUUAAAAUCAGCUGAAUAAUUAUUAAUACUCAAUAAAAAAAGUUGAAACUUUAAAAUAAUUCUAAAGAAAUGAAUAAAUUAUUGAAAGCAGCUAAUAAAUACAAAAGAAAUCUUAUCAGCAAAAAAAAAAAGUAAAUUAAAAAUUUUUUUUAUUCUAUUUAAAAAGAAACAUAAUUAAAUUAAAUAAUCAAAACUUGUUUAGAUUUUGCUUUAUUUUUAAAUUAAAAUAUAAAUUUGGAAAAUUUUGAUCCUAUUCAAAUUUAAAGAUCAAAAAUUUGAAAUAUUAUUUAAAGAUAUACUCAAUUAAUUAAUUGAUCUUAUAAAAAAAGUAUUAAAAAUGCAAUAAAACAAAAGAGAAUAUUAAUAUUUAAGAAUUAAUAGAUGGAAGCAUUAGAAUUCCAAAAAUCUUAUAAGUGUUAGCAAAUUAUUUUGGUAGUAUUGUAAAUACACUUAUAUGAAGAUGAAUUUAUGGCUUUUGGUGCUGUUUUUCAUGCUUCUGCUAAUCUAGUUCAUUCAUUCAAGAUAGGCCAAUUUAAUUGACACAUGGUUUUGGCUUCAACAGUUCAAUUGA